AGAAACACGUGACAUUUGAACUUUGUAUUUAAUUUAAGUUUAGUUUGUUUUUCGGAUCAUGUCAUUUUUGUUUAUUUCACGUUAGUUAUUACUAUUUCUAUGGACAUGUCAGUGAAUUAAUCCAGCUAAAUUCAAGGAGUGAAUAUUACAUAUGAAACGCACAGAAUUCAUCCCGUGGUCAUUUUAGCUACAUUAUUAACAACAUAUUAGAUUAGACAUUUCAGGGUUUCAUUUGUGGCAGUCAUAUCGCAUAUUAGUUAAGAACAGUAUAUUCUAUAUACAUCUCCGAAUUAAAAAUUCGAGUAGGAUCUAUAACAUCUCUAUUUCUAAAACAACUUUACACGUCCGUUCUAUUUUCCUGCAAAGACACGCGACUUUGACAGCUGCGAAAUCUGACGUCACCUCUGCUCGACACAUCUUUGUCAGUGAACAAAAUGGCGACCUACUGUCUUACCGUUGCUCGGCUCCAGCUUGCCCUGGGCCAGGGUGUGCGGCGUCUGCAUGUGUCUGCAGCCUUCAAUGCCAAGGCCAAAGUUUCAAUGAGCCGCUUUGAGCCCAGCAACUACGUCAGCUAUGAGAAGCUCAAUGAGAACGUCAACAUUGUGCGCAAAAGACUCAACCGUCCCCUCACUCUCUCUGAGAAGAUCGUCUACGGCCAUCUGGAUGACCCUGUGGGGCAGGACAUCGCCAGGGGGCAUACGUACCUACGUCUGCGGCCGGACCGCGUGGCCAUGCAGGAUGCCACGGCCCAGAUGGCCAUGCUGCAGUUCAUUAGCAGUGGCCUGCCUUGUGUGGCUGUGCCCUCCACUAUCCACUGUGAUCAUCUGAUCGAGGCCCAGAUCGGCGGAGCCAAGGACCUAGCGAGAGCAAAGGACAUUAAUGCAGAGGUGUAUAACUUCCUGGCCAGUGCUGGAGCCAAAUAUGGAGUGGGAUUCUGGAAACCAGGCUCUGGCAUCAUCCAUCAGAUAAUCCUGGAGAACUAUGCCUACCCAGGGGUGUUGCUGAUUGGCACAGACUCUCACACACCCAAUGGUGGUGGACUGGGCUCCAUCUGCAUUGGAGUGGGAGGGGCUGAUGCUGUUGAUGUCAUGGCUGGCAUCCCCUGGGAGCUCAAAUGUCCAAAGGUGAUUGGGGUGAAACUGACAGGUAAGCUGUCAGGGUGGACGUCCCCCAAGGACGUGAUCCUGAAGGUGGCUGGGAUUCUGACCGUGAAAGGGGGUACUGGAGCCAUUGUGGAGUACCACGGACCUGGGGUGGAUUCCAUCUCCUGCACAGGAAUGGCCACAAUCUGCAACAUGGGGGCUGAGAUUGGAGCCACCACCUCUGUGUUCCCCUACAACCACCGCAUGAAGACCUACCUGGAGAAGACUGGCCGCGGAGACAUUGCUUCCCUGGCUGACGAUUAUGCUGACCUGCUGGUUCCAGACCCGGGCUGUGAAUAUGACUCGAUUGUCGAGAUCAACCUGGAUGAGCUGAAGCCCCACAUCAACGGGCCCUUCACCCCCGACCUGGCUCACCCCAUGGCAGACAUUGGGGCCACGGCAGUGAAGAAUGGCUGGCCCCUGGAGGUCAAAGUAGGUCUGAUUGGCAGCUGCACCAACUCCAGUUAUGAGGACAUGGGCCGCUCUGCCUCCGUGGCCAAACAGGCCUUGGACAAAGGGCUGAAGUGCAAGGCCGCAUUUACCAUCACCCCCGGGUCUGAACAGAUCCGUGCCACCAUCGAGAGAGACGGAUAUUCCAAGAUCCUCGGUGAUGUUGGUGGAAUGGUCCUGGCCAACGCAUGUGGACCCUGCAUUGGACAGUGGGAUAGGCGUGAUGUGAAGAAAGGAGAGAAAAACACCAUCGUCACAUCUUACAACAGGAACUUCACCGCUAGGAAUGAUGCCAACCCAGCCACACACGCCUUCGUCGCCUCCCCUGAGAUCGUCACAGCCCUGGCAAUAGCAGGAACCCUGGAUUUCAACCCUGAGGUUGACUACCUCACUGCCGCCAACGGAGAGAAGUUCAAGCUGGAGCCUCCCAGCGCAGACGAGCUGCCCAAGUUGGACUUUGACCCUGGUCAGGACACCUACCAGCACCCCCCUGCAGAGGGUGGAUCCAAGCUGAGGGUGGACGUCAGCCCCACUAGCACCCGGCUGCAGCUGCUGGAGCCCUUUGACAAGUGGGCGGGCGGAGAUCUGGAGGACCUACAAGUCCUCAUCAAGGUGAAGGGGAAGUGCACCACAGACCACAUCAGUGCUGCCGGCCCCUGGCUAAAGUUCCGUGGUCACCUUGACAACAUCUCUAACAACAUGCUGAUCGGAGCAGUCAACAUAGAGAACGAUGGCAUCAACAAGAUCAAGAACCAGCUGACGGGAGAGUAUGGCGGUGUUCCUGACGUCGCCCGCCAUUACAAGGCCAACGGUCUGUCGUGGGUGGUUGUGGGAGAUGACAACUACGGUGAGGGAUCCAGCAGAGAGCAUGCCGCCCUGGAGCCCAGACACCUGGGAGGAAGAUGCAUUAUCGUCAAAAGCUUCGCCAGGAUCCACGAGACUAAUCUGAAGAAACAGGGUAUGCUGCCCCUGACCUUCCAGAUCCCUGCUGACUACGACAAGAUCCGACCAGACGACAAGAUCUCCAUCAAAGGACUCGCAAACUUCACCCCAGGAAAGCCCCUGUCUGCAGUAGUGAACCACAGUGACGGCAGCAAAGAUGACUUCCAGCUGAACCACACCUUCAACGAGACACAGAUCGAGUGGUUCCAGGCCGGCUCCGCCCUCAACAGAAUGAAGGAGCUCCAGUAACUGGAGAGGGAGAUCUACGGAUACAGGGGGAGGCGUGGAGAAGAUGGGGGACACUGGUUAGGCAGAGAUGGGGGCAGGUUUUCAGUGUUUAAAGACAUGGGAUGUGUUUCAAUCUUGAACGGCUUCCUUUCCUCCUCUCCUUAUGUUCGUUACCCUGAUCUGAAGGUACAUUUUAAUGACUAUCUGCUCCAUUUAACCAAUCAGCGAUAAGUAGGGAAAGGAGGAGAGGAAACUAUUUAAAGAGUAUUGAGACAUGGCCAUGGUAAAGAAUAAAAGCCACACCCCCUCAGAUUAUAUGAAGCUUCCGGUCCAAUCAUCAACCACUGCAUGUGUCAUCCGCUGCCCACACCGUAGAGAGUCCAACAACUUCUCAUAUGUAAGAGACAUGUUUAACCUCGCAGUACAGACGACAGGAGUGCGUAGACACAGACCAGUACUACUGUACAGUUUAAGGUAGUGUCGUAGACUCAGAUACUGUUUACAAAGGAAGACUUACCGCUUUUGAGACACACACCAACACGUUCUUCUUUGAGUGGAACGGUAACCUAACACACUGCCAACUGCAGCUCCUCCAGUUAUCACAGCUGUUCAAACAGUCCAUCCAAACUGUAGUCGCUCACCUGGUCUCUGAGUCUAACACUGUAUCUGUCACAGGCUGCAUGAGAUAUCUGCUUUAGUGAUUGUGUGAUGGAGUGUUUGCUUUGUCCUUUCAGCUCCAUCCACACCCUGUAAGCUGCUGUUCAUUUUCUUGUAGUCUCAAAGACUAGAAUACACCGAGACUGGUUAACACACAGCAAACGGACAUCUGUGUAUGUAUGUGUUGUCUAUAUAUUAAUUAGUGUGUAUGCGUUAACUCUUCGUAACAACAGCCAAUCUCCAUAACACCCCUGUGCUUUUGAAUCUUACUGAAUAUUACCACACUGGUCAAAGCUUCCAAUAUUUUAGAGUGAUUACUUACCUAUUUUUCCUCUAAAAGCUUGGAUGUGCAUUAAAGUGGUGUUUUGCUUGUUUUUUUAUUUCGGUCUCCUCUGGAGAAAUGUGUUAUUUGGACUACCAGACUCUUUCGUGCUGUCCUGUGUAUUUUUGAGUGCCUUUCCUUUUCUUUUGGGGGGGGUGUUGUUAUGUUAGGGUGCAGAGUUUGUCCUGGUCAGGGAAAAAUUCCUGGCCCUUAUGUGUUUUUCAUUGUGUCUUUAUCACAGAAGUGAACCCCUGUGUCAAAGCUAGAUACUGCUGGACCAGUAGUUCCCAACCAGGGGUACUCCAGGCAGAGAGAGAUUCAGUUGGUGGUACAGUAACCGAAAAAGGUUAGAAACCACUGCACAACUCCCAUUGCUUGGCAGUGAAUGGGAACUCUCAAACACACUAGCUAACUCUGCCUAGAAACAUUUCAACAAUGAAUUACACAUUUUGUAUGAAUUUCUGUAAAGUUAUUAACCACAUUGAAACAUUGACUCCAACAGCAUUAAAAUUGUGACCAAGGGCAGCAACUUUCUGAGUCUGUUGUGGUGUGUUCUGCUUUGUAAUAAUCUCCAUUGUAUACCAUCACCACUCCCCUCCUGUCUACAGUAUUGAAUGUGUCUGGAUCAUGUAUAUUUAAAUAUUUUUGGUUUUCCAGUUUUUUUUCUCUGAUGUUGAAUAAAUUAGUGUUAUUCAGUCACGGUGGGUUGUAAAAUAAACUGACAUUUCAAUGAAUAUAGACCACUGCUUCUGUGGGUUAA